AUGUCAGAUUCUUCAGAGCUUAGUAGUCCUCCUUCAUCAUUACAUUCAGUGAUAUUAAAGGAAUCCGAUAACGAUUUAUCGCCUGUUAAAAGCGAAAGUGUCUCUAUGGCUUCUUCUACGAGUUCUCCUGACGAAUCUGAUAUAAAUGAAUCAUUUAUAUCAUCUUUAGAUAUAGCGUAUAUUGUAGCUUUUAGAAAUCGGUUUUCACAAUUAUUUGAAGGAAUUCCAGAUUUAGGGCCGCAAGAUAUUGAACGUGGUAUUUUCGGAGAACCUGAAGCAUUGGAUAAAAUUGUUGAAUUAUUAUGUAGACUUGUAACUUUAUGUUUAAAUAGAAAAAGAGCAGUAGAAUCAAAACAUUUUUCUCGUGCUUUAAGUGAAAGUGUGGAUGUUCAUAUUAAACAUCUUGAUCCUUCUUGGUGUGGAUAUAAUCCUCUUCAUAAAGAAAAGGGGUUUUAUUCUCUUUGUGCUUCAGAUAAGCUUAAAUUGCUUUGUUGUUUGGUGGAUUGGUGUCUGAUGUCUUCAGAAGUUGUUCGUUCUUUUAUUGAUGAGAAUUAUAAAAAUCGUGCUUCUGAUGAUAAGAAAAACGCUCUUUUAGUUCAUCCAUUGGGAAAGGAUGGUAAAAAUAGAAAACUGUGGCUUAUUGAAGGAAAUGAUACACCAUUUCGUGUUUACCGUGAAUCAAAAUCUCGAUCAGGAUUUGUCAAAUGGAAGUCUAUUGCAGGAACGGCUGAUGAGCUUCGUCAAUAUGCAUUAAGUUUAUCUAAUGAUUCUUCUUUAAAUGCUAUUGCUUUAGUCCCAAAAAUAUUGGAGCAAGUAUGUCCUCGUGUAGAAAAAGCACAGAUUAGAAGAGAUAAAUUAGAGGCAAAUCGUGCUCGUUUAGCUUCUUUAAACAUAGAAUCAACUUUAUUAGGAAUGCGAACACGUGGAAAACGAAUAAAAUAUACAUUUUCUGAUAAUGAUGAUAGUGAUAAUGACAUUCGGACCUCUUCUUUUAAACAUAAAGACUGUUUUGAUUCUAAUAAGUCUAUUCAAUAUACUGCGAGUGGACGGAUGAUAAAAAGGCCUAAACGAGGGGAUUGUGGAAUUUAUGAAGAGAUUGAUAUGGCUGAAAGUAGUAAUUUUAGAAAAAUUGAAAAUAUAGAAUUAUCUAAAAAUUCAUUUCAAGAUGAUAAUUAUGUUGAAUUUGAAAGUGGAUAUCAUACUACUUCGACCAGUUCAGAAUCUGAAUCUGGAACAUUUUCUUUAAAAGUGCUUUUGAAAUAUAAUCCUAAGAAAUUGGUUACUGGAUUAAGUGAUUUUUCUGAAACUUUUAUUGAACAUGAUCAUUUAUUAAAUAAAAAUCCUUUGAACUAA